AUGCCUGAUCCGGUUAAGUCCGCCCCCGCCCCGAAGAAGGGCUCCAAGAAGGCCGUGACCAAGGCGCAGAAGAAGGACGGCAAGAAGCGCAAGCGCAGCCGCAAAGAGAGCUACUCGGUGUACGUGUACAAGGUACUGAAGCAAGUGCACCCGGACACCGGCAUCUCUUCCAAGGCCAUGGGCAUAAUGAACUCGUUCGUGAACGACAUCUUCGAGCGCAUCGCGGGCGAGGCGUCGCGCCUGGCGCAUUACAACAAGCGCUCGACCAUCACGUCCCGGGAGAUCCAGACGGCCGUGCGCCUGCUGCUGCCCGGGGAGCUGGCCAAGCACGCUGUGUCCGAGGGCACCAAGGCGGUCACCAAGUACACCAGCUCCAAAAUCCUGUGGAACAAAUUCUAUUAUCUUCCUUCCUUUUAAAGUUGAGGAAAUUAAAAUGAUUGAACUGAAGCUGCAACAUAAAUACAGACUUAUCUGAGUGGAGACUGAACUGUGAACUACCCUCCAAAAUAUGAUCCUGAAAAAGAAAUAUUUCAUACAUUAUAAAAUAAAUGUUUUAAUUUAUCCC